ACCAUUUUUUACGCUGAAGCAUUAGCGUUUUAGUUUGUUUGUCCCAGCACGCUUGCCUUAGUAUUUUUAGCUUCUCUGUUGCUACCUGUGUAGCUUCUGUUGGUUUUAACGUCAGUUCAGUUUUAUCACCCCUGCCAUUUCUUUUUAUCAUGGCAGUUUAGUUUCAAUUAUACAUAUCCCUCCGUGCUUCGGGACUUUUUUAAACGAGUCGUAUGUUUUUAAUUAGUAGCAACAGCUUUGACAUAGCACUGUGUGCUAAACAGGAAUUUAUUUGUGUUUGAAAAAGAAUGGGUGUUUUGUCUACCACGGCGCUCCUCCUUUCUCUGUCUUUGUUAGCGUGUUUAUACAGGAAUCUUUUGUUCAGCAAUGAAGGCAGACUCGUUAGGUCAGGUCAUUUUGAUCAUUAUGAAGUCAUGCUACGUAAAAAGCUUGCUUAUUCCUAUCCCAGAGAACCAAAGAGCAUUACAAAGAGUGACAUCCACUCAGAUAGUCCCCAAAGAACCGAAAAUUCCAGAAAACCUGAAUGCACCACAGCUCCGGAGAGUCGGUUUGACUGUGCCAGGGACAGGUUGUUGAGCCAAGAGGAGUGUGAGGAUAGAGGAUGCUGCUAUGCUCCUCUACCUGGGUCUGCGGGACCACCCUGGUGCUUCUUCCCUGCCCUGUACCCAGGUUAUAACAUGGGACCCCUCACCCCCAGCGAGAAGGGUCAGACUGCCACCCUGACCAGGGCCAGCCCUUCCUACCUCCCCAGAGAUAUCUCCACUCUGAGCCUGGAAGUCAUAGCGGAGACUGCAAGCUGCUUUCACAUUGUUUUAAAGGAUCCAUCCUCUGAGCGGUAUGAAGUCCCCCUCCCUGCUGGUAGCUUUCAGACAGAAGCAUAUACCCAGGAUGUUCUCUACACAACUGAAUUCCAGCACGAUCCAUUCGGUUUCAUAGUGCGGCGCAAGUCCAAUGGAAGGGUUCUUAUGAACACCACAGUUGCUCCCUUGCUGUUUGCUGACCAAUACCUGCAGCUGUCCACCUCUCUGGCCUCCUCCUUGGUGUCGGGCCUUGGAGAACAUUACACCUCUCUCGUCCUGGACCUCAACUGGACAUCAUGGACUCUUUGGAACAGAGACAUGGCACCACAUGCUGACGCUAACCUCUAUGGCUCCCAUCCAUUCUACAUAGUGCAGGAAGACCACGGUUUAGCACAUGGAGUUUUUCUUCUCAACAGCAAUGCAAUUGAAGUGAUACUGCAGCCGACACCAGGCCUCACCUGGGUAUCCACUGGUGGAAUCCUGGAUCUGUACAUUUUCUUGGGUCCUGACCCUCAAAGUGUGGUACGACAAUACCUUCAGGUCAUUGGGUAUCCUAUGAUGCCUCCUUAUUGGUCUCUGGGCUUUCAUCUUUGUCGCUGGGGAUAUACAACUACUAAUGCAACCCGGAUGGUUGCAGAACGCAUGCACAGUGCAAACUUUCCCAUGGAUGUGCAGUGGAAUGACCUGGACUACGCAGACAAGCGAAGAGUGUUCACCUUUGACCCUGUGCGAUUUGGUGAUCUUCCGGAGAUGGUCCAGGAGUUUCAUAAGAAAGGCAUAAAGUACAUCCUCAUUCUGGAUCCGGGCAUUAGCAGCACCAGCCCCCCUGGAACAUACCCGCCUUUUGAAAAUGGUGUGAAGCGAGACGUGUUUAUUAAGAAUGCGACUGGAGACAUUCUGAUAGGCAAGGUUUGGCCCGGCCCAACAGCAUUUCCUGACUUCACUAAGCCUGAGGCCAGGCAGUGGUGGGAGGACUGCAUCAGAGACUUCUUCUCUAAAGUUUCUGUAGAUGGUCUGUGGAUUGAUAUGAAUGAACCGUCCAGUUUUGUUCAAGGAUCAGUGGUGGGCUGCCCUGACAGCGAGCUUGAGAAACCACCAUAUACACCUCGGGUGAUUGGAGGCCAAUUGAACUCAGGAACCAUAUGUAUGUCAGCGCAGCAGCAGCUGUCCAGUCAUUACAACCUGCACAAUCUGUACGGAUUGACUGAAGCUUAUGCAACGCACAGCGCUCUUAUGAACAUUCAGGGAAAGAGACCCUUUGUUUUGUCUCGUUCCUCGUUCCCUGGCAUCGGGCGGUUUUCUGGAGUGUGGACAGGAGAUGUGAGGAGUGACUGGGAACAACUUCGGUUCUCCAUCCCUGCCGUGCUGCAGUUCAGCCUGUUUGGAGUUCCCCUGGUGGGAGCCGACAUAUGCGGCUUUGAAGGCGACACCAACGAGGAGUUGUGUGUCCGAUGGAUGCAGCUUGGCGCCUUUUAUCCGUUUAUGAGGAACCACAAUGACAAGCCCAAUGCUGUGAGACUCAAAGUUUAUGACUGUUUUUGUAGUGUAAUGGGGAUUUGUGAGCGUUUGUUUCAUAUCAUGAAAAGUUUCCCUGUUUUCACUUGUCCUGUCCCUCAGCCUCAGGAGCCGUUUGUAUUUGGGCAGAAGGCCCAAGCAGCCAUGCGGAGUGCGUUGAACCUUCGCUACUCCCUUCUCCCGUUUCUCUAUACACUCUUCCAUCGUGCACACACAUCUGCUGACACUGUAGCUAGGCCCCUCUUCAUGGAGUUUCCCACCGACCCUCAUUGUCAGACCAUAGACCAACAGUUCCUGUGGGGGAGUUCACUUCUCAUCAGUCCUGUUUUAGAGCAAGGGGCAGUAGAGCUGAGCGCGUAUCUACCAGCUGGCACUUGGUACCACCUGCACAAUGGUCAGCCGUUCCACAGUGACGGUCAGUACGUUCAGCUAUUGGCCCCUCUGGAAACAAUCAAUGUUCAUGUGAGGGAGGGCCACAUCAUCCCCCAACAGGAACCUGCUUUGACCACUGCAGCUUCACGUGAAAACCAUUUCUUCCUGACGGUGGCGCUGUCCUCUGGUGGCUGGGCACAGGGGGACUUGUUCUGGGACGAUGGAGAGAGCCUUAAAACUUUUGAAACACAAAAUUAUUGUUAUGUUAACUUCACUGCUGGACAGUCGCAGAUAUUCAGCAACCCUCUCACCCUCAGUGGAGCCUUGGCCAGUCUUCUUCUGGGAGGCGUCCAGGUGUUUGGAGUGCCUUCACAACCUCUUUAUGUCUUGGUUAAUGGAGAGAAAGUUACAGACUUUACAUAUAAGACUGACACAAAGGUUCUAACAGUGACUCCUCUGGCCUUGCCGAUGUCAAAAACGUUUACAAUCCAGUGGGUUCUAUGAUGCACCAACUUUGUCAUAUUUUUUGCCUUUGUCCUGUGCUGCUAAAAUAAUCAGCUGCAUUAUUCUGUCAUCACAUCAGCAGAUUUUCUUGAAGCCUUUGAAUGUAAACUAAAAAGUCUUUUAUUUUUAAUUUUUUAAAUCAGGAUCAGUUAGUGAUAUAUAAAAAUUGUUUUGUAAAUAUUGCUUUGUAAAUAGUGUUUAUAAAAUAUGCAAAAAAUA